AUGGUUUGCUCUAUCCUCUCCACUAUGUAUAGUUGCAUUUCAAAUCCGGAACAAGCAAAUAUUAAACAAACCGAAGCUGCCAUCACAAUUUUUGUCCAUUUUGGUAAUGCAAUUAAAGAUAACCAAGAAAAUAGCAAAAAAGCAAUUUCAAGGUAUUAUUGA